UCGUGCGUGGCAGGCAUUCCUUCAUCUGGAUUGAGGCGGAUUCACGUUUUUCUGCCUUACCUGAUUUUAUUAAAAAUUGGAGAGUUCAAAAUCGGUUCUAAAUCCAAUCUGAGAUCAGAUGCUAACAUGCAGUUGUUACACGUCGCAUUGCUAAUAGCAACCGUUUUCAUUGCACUUGUGACCAUUUUGCAAAAUUCAAAGAAAAUGCAGAUGAAAAGUCAACCGAUCUUUAGAGGAAUUUUUCCGUCAGGGAACCCUUGGAAUGGCGUCCCUGAGUUUGUGCUAUACUUGAGAUUAACUUCUAGUCCGCGUUGGGAGCAAGAAUAUAGAAAUAAUUUGGUUCGCACUAUGAAGCUUUUCUUUCCACCUGAACGAGCGAAACUUGUAGUUGUAUUGGACAACGAAAAGAAAGAAGACCAUUUGUUUGGAGACAAAAUAAAAACGGAAUGGCCAUAUCCACAAAUAUGCUACAGAGAUCCAAGUUCCAUUGAUGCAUACCGCGGAUGGGGCAAGGCCAGAAUGUUUUGGGACAUGAUGUAUCCCGAUAAAUGUACCAAUGUAUCUUAUGUGGGGUAUGUCGAUACUGAUACAUUUUUUAGCACCUUAGUAACACCACAGUUGCUAUUUGACAAUGGAAAACCAAUUAUUAUUGCAAAAAUUGGCCAGGUUCCGUACCAAUGUUGGGCUGAAACAACAGAGUUGUUUCUCGGCAAAAAAGAAGUUAUGCAAUGCAUGUCAACUUUCCCUGUUAUGAUAAAAACGGAGCAUAUGAUAGAAAUGAGAGAGGUCCUUGCAAGAAAUCACAGCAUGGAUUUUGAUUCAGUUUUUAAAAACACUCCACGUCAAAUGCAUUGUCUUUGUCAGUUUAGUAUCAUGUGCAAUUAUGUUUGGUACUAUCACAGAAAUGAGUACUCGUGGCGCUUGCAGAUGGUCCCAAAUGGUGACUGGAGAGGAGAACAUUUGCUUGCUAGUCAAGUGUCACUAGAUUAUUAUCGGACUAACGUACCCCCAGAGAUGACGAUACCAAUGCCGCGCUCAUCAAUUCACCUGAGGUACACAAUAACAAAUGGUCAGUCCUAUCUGUCAGAAGUCCCUCCAAAGGAAUAUAUCGAAGAUUUUAUUAAAGAAGGACUUUGUUACUCAGCUGGAUUUGAUGUCUGUCCGGAAAGUUGCAAAAAAUGGAACCAGGCAAAGAUACAUUACAAUCUUUAUUCGUUUGAAUUCUAUCAAUGGUUUUGGGACAAAAGGUGCAUGGAAGAGCAAGAAAAGCAUUACAGAAACGUCAAAGAGCUAGUUCGCUACUAUGUUUUUUCAAAGAUGGAAGUUUUUGGACUUUCUUCUCUAGAUCAACUAUGUACCAUAUUAUGAAAAUAUUUAUUUUUUUUCCAUUUUAUGGCAACAAAUUUUGCGUUUCUUCUUCUUAGUCGCUGUUGAGAUCUCUUAAGUUUGCUAUAAAUUUAUCAUAGAUGAAAUGUGCAGUAGCUGAGUGUUUUGCAAUGAUUCAGCACAACGAAAUUAUAGAAACUGUAGCGGGGUUCAUUUUAACGUGCAGUGGUAGCCAAUUUGGGCAUUGAUAAAUCGUAAAUGUACAUUGAUACACAAUCGUAAAUUUUUUGCAGUGAAAAACCAAAAACAAAAGACAUUUAGUAGUAUUUAGUUAGUAAAAGGUAAAAUUGCAGCAACUACCAGUAAAGAACACAUAAAGAUUAUAAUAGGGCAUCACAAUAAUAAAAAGGAGAACAUAACAGUAACAAUGAUCUAUGAAAUCUCUGUAAAAUGUUAUCGAAUUCAGUAUCUAGAAGCUAUCUAGUUUGUUUUUUUCAUCUUCUUCUUUGUGAUGUUUGUGCUCAAAAAUUCUUUUAAAUCUAGACCACUUUUCCUCGUUGAAAUCUCUUGUGAAGCUAGAAUGAAAGGUGGUGUAGUUCGAGAAAUUUACAUACAGUUAGUUCGAUAGGUGCGGUCAUAAACAAUUUUCAAAGGCAACACCAAAAUUUUCAAAAAUUUUGAAAAUGUGCAGUGUUAAAAAUUUCUUAAAAUUCCUUAAAAUUCCUAUCCAAAUAGAUAUAUAAUGUAAUGUUAUUUUGUCGGAAAAGCAAGUAGAUUUUAACUCAACUUGGAAGCAAAAUUAUGAAGUACAUUAUUAUAGAAAACCAAAUAUUUGAGGGUAUGUCAACCAUUGUGAAUUCUUGGUUAUAUAGAAUCACAAGAAACCAAACUCAGCUAUAUAGAAUCUUAAAAAACAAAAUUGUGUUUGUGGAGUGAAAUUUACUAGCGAUGUAAUAUAUAUUGUUUAUCAAACUUUAAUAUCGUCUGACUUUUCGAAGUAUGUCAAUUAGACGGACAAAACUGAUGACGAUAAAGAAAUGU